UUCAUCUCUUCAUUCCUUUCAUAAAAAAAAAUAAUCAGUUCAUUUAAUAAAAGAUAAAAGAGAGAAAGAAAAUAAAAUUCUCUGUCAUGGACACAAGUAUGGGAAACAAGUCUUUUACUAUUGACCUUAACACAAACCCUUCAUUGCACAACACCAAUAGAAGUCUGAUGCCGCAUGAGAUGUUGGAAGAGGAAUUGAAGAGGAUGAAAGAGGAGAACAAGAAGCUAGCAACUAUGCUAACAACUUUGGGUGAAAACUACAAUUCCUUGAGAACUAAUCUAAUUGAGUUGCAGCAAAAACAUUCCACUCAUGAAGAGGACAAUAAUUCUAAAUUAUUGUCAAGGAAAAGAAAGGCUGAAGAUGUAUGUUGUGUAAAUAAUUCAGACAUCAACUUUGAAGAAGCAUCACCAAAGAGGCCAAGGGAAAUCAUCACAACCAGUAUUUCAACUGUUAGUGUUAAAACCACUCUCUCUGAUCAAACCUCAUUGGUAAAAGAUGGAUAUAACUGGAGAAAAUAUGGUCAAAAGGUGACAAGAGAUAACCCUUCUCCAAGAGCCUACUACAAGUGUUCAUUUGCACCAACAUGCCCAGUCAAGAAGAAGGUACAAAGAAGUGUUAAAGAUCCAUCAGUUUUAGUAGCUACAUAUGAAGGGGAGCACAACCACCCCCACCCAUCCCAAGCUGAAACAACAGCGCCAUUAGUUAACCAAGGUGUUAUAACAAAUCCAACAUUUUUUAACAAAUUCAUGGAAGACAUCAACACAAGUUCACUGCAGAAAGAUUUAGUCGCUAAAAUGGUGCCUUCCUUGUCGAAGAACCCUAGUUUUGCUGCUACAGUUGCUCAGCCAUCUCUGGAAUAUUUUCUCGAAUAUGAUUUGCAGUUACUCAAAUGGGUGUUGAGGGGGUAAAAUCGUCAUCGUACUAUCGGAGGUUAAUUUUUUGGUAAAUUAGCAUAUUAGCUGUAGUUUUAGUUUGUUGCUGAGAUUCAGUACAUAAAGUAUUAGGGUUCGUUGGCAGAGUAUAUUGGAAAGUUAAUGCAUGUAUUUAGCUUAAUGUGUAUUAUUAAUACCUUGCUUGAUAUAUUUUUUCACCCUAUGUAUAACUAAUGUUUGCAUUAGUUAUACACUCUAUUGCGUGUUGAGGUGUGUAUUACUAAUUCCUCAAAAUCCAUGGUAUUAGAGAUGCAAUGGAUUCAAUGCAUGCAUUAACAUGAUUAAAGACACUAUUAUCCCUCAAAAAAUUUUCCGCAUCCUUUCCAACAUAUAUAUGUAGGGUAUUUCUAUAAAAAAGAAAUUUAGAAAUUAUGUAAUUUAUGUUAUUUUUAAUAUAUCAAACCAAAUAUUGCAUAGGAAAAAUAUAAGCAUAACUAGCACAAACAUUACUAAUACACCAUAUUUUAUAUUAUUCUUAUAUACUCUACCAAACGGCCCCUUAGUGUAUAGAAGAGCCACGCGGCAUAUAUUUUAAGCAAUUAAUGCAUAAUGUAUUUUCUUUGAUUGUUGAAUUGCCUAAGCACCCCAAAUCAACCCACAGAACAGUUAAGAGAAAGUUGAACCAGGUUCAACACUCUUAAGAGGAAAAUCCCCUUGUUUUCAAGAGAGUGAAAUCAUGGCCUAUAGUGUGCAGGAUUU